AUGGCUACUGACACAUUUUCAUUUGGAACUAAGACCCUUUUCCUCCAUGUCUCUGCCCCCCGGUUGUUCCUGGGUGUGAACCAGAUUCAGGUGGUGGUGAGCCGGAGCUCCACCCCCCAAGUCACGGAGGAGACCUACUUCAUCCCCCGUAACCCGGUGGUGGAUGCGGGCACCAACACCGACCCCCCGGUCAUCUGCUGUGGCAGGCUCCGCCGGGAAUGCCCCUGCCCGCCCCGAGGCCUCCUGUCCUCCCUCAUCACCAAGGUCCUCAUUGCAUUAGUGCUGUUUGGCGUGGUGUGGUCCAUCACAGAGAAGGAGUGUCUGCCGGGGGGGAACCUGUUCGGCAUCACCGUGCUCUUCAUCUGUUCCGUCACCGCGGGCAAACUGGUGGGCCUCAUCCAGCUGCCCAAACUGCCUCCCUUUCCCCCGUUACUGGGUAUGCUAUUGACGGGCUUCCUGCUGCGUAAUAUCCCCGUGGUAACGGACGCCGUGUACAUCGACUUCCGAUGGUCCGCCUCCCUGAGGAACAUUGCCCUCGCUGUCAUCCUGGCCCGAGCAGGCCUGGGAUUGGACGGCUCGGCUCUGAGGAAGCUGAGUAUGGUGUGUGCGCGCGUGGGAAUGGGACCCUGCAUCAUCGAGGCCUGCACCGUCGCCCUCGUAUCCCACUUCCUCAUGGGCUUGCCCUGGAUCUGGGCAUUCAUCCUAGGAUUUGUGCUGGGAGCCGUGUCCCCGGCCGUGGUGGUUCCCUCCAUGCUGCUGCUGCAGAAGGAUGGCUACGGCUUGGAGCAGGGCAUCCCUACCCUCCUCAUGGCCGCCUGCAGCAUCGACGACAUCCUGGCCAUCACCGGCUUCACCACCUGCAUGGGCAUGGCCUUCGCCACCGGCUCCAUGUGGUACAACCUGCUGAGAGGUAUACUGGAGGUGGGAGGGGGAAUGGUAGCUGGGGUACUGCUGGGAUUUCUGCUGCGCUACUUUCCCAGCAAAGACCAGGACAACGUAGUGAUGAAGCGCUCAUUCCUGCUGCUGGGCCUGUCGGUGUUUGCUUUGUUCGGCAGCAACGUGGCCGGCUUCCCCGGCUCGGGGGGCCUCUGCACCCUGGUCCUUGCCUUCCUGGCUGGCCUGGGCUGGAGAAGGUCAAAGGUCCCUGUGGCGGACAUAGUGGGUAUUGCCUGGGAAGUGUUCCAGCCACUGCUCUUUGGCCUGAUCGGGGCUGAGAUCCAAAUCUCAGAGCUGGACAAAACCACUGUCGGCCUGGGCAUAGGCUCUCUGGCCAUUGGUCUGCUGGUGCGUGUUCUCUUCACCUUCGUCUGUGUGCUGUGUGCCGGCUUCAACUUUAAAGAGAAGCUCUUCAUCGCUCUGGCCUGGCUACCCAAAGCCACCGUACAGGCGGCCAUCGGCUCCACAGCGCUGGACAUGGCCCGCACCAAGGAGGAUACGGAGCUGGAGAAGUACGGCAUGGAGGUGCUGACAGUGGCCGUGCUCGCCAUCCUGCUCACCGCCCCCAUAGGGGCCCUGGUCAUCGGACUCACAGGACCUCGCCUGCUGCAGAAACCAAAGAACCCUGCCUGGGAGCGGGAGCAAAGCGGAACUAUGACCGAGUCCCCAAUCACCUACGAGAGUACCCUCUGA